GCUACGCGACCUCAAAUCAAACAUCACAAUGACCAUCCUCAUCAUCGGCGCAGGCCUCGGCGGCCUCGCCCUCGCCCAUAGCCUCCGCAACCAAAACAUCCCCUUUGCAAUCUACGAACGCGAUCCCAACCCCUCUUCUCGAUCGCAGGGGUAUCGUAUCCGAAUUAACCAGGACGGAGCCCGUGCCCUACACACUGUCGUAGAUGAGGAGACCUGGAGGUUGUUUGAGGGGACUUGUGCGGAGACGGUGUUGGGUAUGAGUGCGUGGAAUGCGCGGGAGGGAGGGGAGGUUGAGAGGAGGGCGCCGGAGAGGGUGCGGGUUAGGAUUGCGGAGGGUGGGGAGAGGAAGGAGGCGGAGCAGCCGAUGGGGCCAUAUACGGUCGAUCGUGCCACGUUGCGGCAAGUGUUGCUCUCCGGCUUGUCGUUCAACGUACAUUUUGCGAAGACGUUUCUCAGGGCAGAAACACUACCGAAUGGGAAGAUCAUCGCGUAUUUCGCUGACGGCACGACAUCGGUUGAGGGAUCGUUCAUCGUCGGCGCGGAUGGAGUGCGAUCAGCGGUACGGAAACAAUAUCUUCCAGAACAUGUUCCGUUGGAUACGAAGAUGCGGUGUAUCUAUGGGAAGACGCCUAUCACCCCCGAAUUAGAUGCCGAACUACCGGAGAAAGCGAGACAGGGCAUUGUCCUCAUCACGGAUCAAUCCUCUGAAUCGGGUGAUCCGCUGGUACUCUUCGCGGAAUCAGUCAGGUUUCCAGGGAAUGCGUUCACAGGUAACGAUAUACCACCGGUGAAAGAUUACUAUUAUUGGGUUUUCGGAGGCCAGGGUCACUUAUUCGGAAUGGACGGCCGAACAUUCUUGGCGCUCAGCCCAUCCGAAUGUACAGGCGUCACCCUCCAAAUGACCAAUGCCUGGCACCCAUCCCUCCGCGCCCUCCUCGUACACCAAGACCCCGCUCAGUCUUCCCCACUCCGCAUCGCAUCCAUGAAACCUGAUAUUCCAACUUUUGAUCUCGGAGCACCUGUUACCUUUGUGGGGGAUGCGAUACAUUGUAUGUCACCCGCUGCUGGGGUUGGUGCAAAUACGGCGUUGACGGAUGCUAUGGUGCUGGCGGAGAGCAUAAGGAGGAAUGGUGUGGGCAGGGAGGCGGUGAGGGAGUAUGAGGCGGAGAUGAGAACAUAUGCCAGGGAAAGUAUCGAGGGGAGUUUGAAGGGCGGGAAGAAUAUCUUUAAUCAGAGGCCACUGGACCAGUGUAUUCCUAUGACCUAUUGAGAUCAUCAUUGGUCAAACAGGUGAAGUUACAGGGCGUCAGAGAACACCUUACCCUAGCUUCGACCAGCUGAAUUAAUAUUUUACGUUGCUUAA